UUUGGGUCUAAUGGUCUAUCAAAAUAUAACAACUUACAACCAUUUUAGCGAAUGUUCGUUUUCUUAAAUUGGUAUUUUUGUUUGUAAGCUGAUUUUGUAGAAAUAGAAAUAGAUACAGUUUUUUAUAUUCAUUUUUCACGCGAAUCCGACUCCCGCAACCAUUGUCGUCGUCCAUUUUUAUCCACAUGGUCAAUAAUUAUAGAUAUUUGUGGUCUUAAUUCGGUGUUACAAAAAACAGAACGGUAGUAUUCGGUUUCAACAACGCGAGAUAAUAAUAUGAAGUUCAUAAAAGGAAAGAAACCCCAAAAUGGCCAGGACCGUGGAGGGUAAAUUAAAUUUAUUUGUGUAAAAUAUUUCUUGUCUUACGUUUUAGAGUUUUGCAAUCGGGUCCUCGUAAUCGUUUACGCGUAGCAGCAGCCAACAAAGCUACCAAGGUGAAGCGUUUAAGAGCCAUUCAAAAGCAGUCUGCUAAUGGUAAACAUCACAAUAAAAAUAUGAUGUCAAAGAACAAUACUAGAGUAGCAAUGAAUGUGGUUGAUGCUCGUGUUAAACUCUUGCAAAAGGCUUUAGAAAAACCAACAGUGAUGGUAGAUGCUAGACAAAAGUUAACAAAACAAAUAGAUGCUCGUGAAAAAAUCCGGGAACGUCGUUUACAUUCAACAUCAUAUGAUCCAAUACAAAAUAUGGGCACCUCAAGAGGCCAUUCUAAUAACUUAGGCCGUGUAAAAAUUGAUAGUCGUGGUAUUCUUACUGUCAAAUCGAUUUUGGAUGAAAGAGCUUCUUCACAUCAUUCUGGUUUUAGAGACAGAAGAUCUGACAGACUGCCUUCUGUAAAUAAAGGACAUUUUGACGUCAUAGAAAAAAGACGUAGUAGUAACACUUUCAAUUCAGAACUUAAUACAUUUAGAAGUGACAGACCUAUUGAAGACAUUAGACCAGUAAGACGAGAUAUGAGAAUACCAAGACGUCCAAUACCAAACACACAGUCCAUAAGACGACCAUCUGAGCGUCCUACAAGACCAAUGAGAGUUAAUGAUAAACCUUAUAAUAGACCUAUGGCAAUGGAUUAUGAGGAUUCAAUGGAAUGGGAAGAUACAAAUAGAUACUCUCCUGCACCAGUGAUGAGACGAAAUGUCGGAAACACAAUGUUCAAUCAUGAUGGAUAUCAUGAUGAUUUAUCAGAUAGAAAUUCAAGAAACCAUAGAGGAUUGAGUGAAACAUUACGUUCAAGAUUGGACUCACAUCAAGUGGCCUUAGCAAAGCGUUCACGACCCAUUGGUCAUAAAAUAAUUAUUUCUAACUUAGAACCAUCUGUGACGUGUGAAGAUAUAAGAGAACUUUUUGCAGACAUAGGAGAUUUGUUAGAGUCUAAAGUUAUUCGACCUGGUGUUGCUGAAGUUGUUUACAAUCGUCGAGCUGAUGCUAUCCAAGCAGUAGAUGUAUAUCACAACCGACAGUUGGAUGGCAGGCCUAUGAAAUGUGACAUGGUGAGGAAUGCUGGUUCUAACAGUGGGCCAAUAUCUGUAUCUGGAACAAGUCGUAGAAUGCCUACACGUGGUGCUGAUUUGUAUAAACCAUCAGAGUAUGUCACUUAUGACAUAGAUGCCGUACAUACUGCAUUGUUUAAUAAAUAAGUAUUUGUCUAUCCCAACAAUAAUGUAUGGAGUUUACUUGAUUCAUAUUCCAUAUUUUCUGAUCAACAAUAUUAUAAUUCACGUUUCCCGAAAAUACUUAUACAUAUUAUAUCUAUUUUCGAAUUAUAUACAUUAUAAAUUAAAUGUUAACUAUUUAAACUUCAGCAUAAUAUACAAUGUUUUAAUAAAUUAUGUUUUGGGGGUAAUAAAUACUUUUAUUAUUGACUAUUGUAAGUAUAAAAAACUAUUGAUUAUCCAACAGUUAAUUUGAGAUACUUGAGGUAUAGUAGAUAAAUAAAUGUAUUGUUUUUAUUUUGAAAUAAUAAAUGUACACUAAUUGGUUUUUUUUAAUUAUGGCUGUAACACCUUAAGAGUAAAUGUUAGCCAUCACGGUAUUGUAAAAUGUUUAUACAUAUACAAAUAUCAAGCUUAUGGAUUAUUAUUUAAGUUCAAAUAUUUAUUUAAUUUUUUCUAUCUAUUUACAAUCUAUAGGAUUAAAGAAAAAAUUAAUUUUUUGAUUUUUAAAAGUCAGUCGUAUAAUUUAGAAUUAGACAAAAAGAAUUCAUGUUAAGCUAACAUUUUUUGUGUAAUAAUAUAAUUAAAUUGUUUGUAAAAUAAAUGUUUCUUAUGUAUUUUUAUAAAAAUAUAUAUGUUUUAAGAUAAAUUUAACGAGUGAGUAAUAAAAUACUUUUAUUUGAUGAA